AUGUGGCUGAUUACAGCAAGACUGCACAGAUCUGUAUUUGCAGCAGGAGUGAGAGGAGCAGAACAGUCUACAGGUCACCCAGCUGCACAGAUAUCUGUUAGAACUUCUGCACAUCACCUUGCCAUCACCUUUUUUUCAAAUAUUUGCACAUUUGCAAAGAUGGAAAAGAUGUCUAGGGUGUUAUCUCUGAACCCAACUUUUAUACCUCCAACGUAUGGAGUGCUGAAAUCUCUGCUGGAGAACCCCCUGAAGCUGCCGCUACAGCACGAAGAUGCCUUCUGUAAAGAGAAAGAUAAAGAAAAGAAGCUGGAAGAUGACACCACAGGCUCAACUGUCCCACAGUCGGCUUUCUUGGGGCCGACGCUCUGGGACAAGACCUUGCCGUAUGAUGGAGAUACCUUCCAGCUGGAGUACAUGGACCUGGAAGAGUUUCUUUCUGAGAACGGUAUUCCACCUAGUCAAUCCUCACAUGAACUUAGCUCUCAUCAGCCUGGUCUCCCACAGUCACCUGCAACUUCUCCUUCCGUCAUUGAUCUGAGUAGUCGGGCGUCAACAUCCAUCCUACCAGGCUUGGUGUCCCAGAACUGCAUGCACAAUCCAGUGAGACCUGGUCAAAUUUUACCCACAAACCGCAAUACCCCAAGUCCAAUCGACCCAGAAUCCAUUCAAGUGGCAGUGGGCUAUGAACCAGACCCCGCAGAUCUUGCCCUUUCCAGUAUUCCAGGGCAAGAGAUGUUUGACCCACGAAAACACAAGUUCUCAGAGGAGGAGCUAAAGCCACAGCCAAUGAUUAAAAAGGCUCGUAAAGUCUUUAUACCUGAUGAUCUGAAGCAGGAUGAAAAAUACUGGGCAAGGCGCAAAAAGAACAACAUGGCUGCCAAGAGGUCUAGAGAUGCACGAAGGCUAAAAGAGAACCAGAUUGCCAUCCGGGCCUCAUUCCUUGAGAAGGAGAAUUCUGCCUUACGACUGGAGGUUGCUGACCUCCGGAAAGAGCUUGGCAAAUGCAAGAACAUUUUGGCAAAGUAUGAAGCCCGUCAUGGGCCUGUGUAAUCACCUCUGGCCAUGGAGAUAGAUGGACACCUUCAUACCUGCCGCGUAGCACUAAACACAAACCAAGCUAAUUCUGUUAUCAGCACUUUACUGGAUAAAGAAACAGACUUGCAAUUUCUAUUUUUUACAGUUUUUUUUUUUCAUUUCUUUAUUUGCGUUUGUCUUAGCACUUUGUAUAUUACAAAGCUCUUCAUAGAAAAGUACAAAUUAUCUUGACUGUAUAAAAAAAAAAAUUAUCUGCUGUAGAAAGUGCUUUUUUUCCAUCAUUUUUUAUUUGGAUUUAAAUUGUGGUGAUACUAGAAAAUGUUGGAGCAAGAGCUUUUAUAAUAAUCAACUUCGUACAGUAUGUAAAACUUCCUAAACACCACAGAUCAAACUAUUGUACAACACAAUCAUACUCCAUCAUUUUGUUUCUGCAUAUUAAUCACCAAAUGUCUCUCUGAUUGUCUGCAACAAACUACAUUUUUGAUAUUUUCACUUUAUUUUUUGACAGAAAUAAUUAAGAUGUACAGGAGCCCAAUGCUUAAUUAUUGCACUUUCCAUAUACCUAUAGCAAUAAUAUUUAUCACUCCACAUGCCACUUGCAUAGUCUUAACUGGCUCUAAUAACAUAUUUAUAUUAUUUUGUGGAGCUUAAGGUUGGAGUGUUCUGUUAAGUAAAUUUACACUUUGUUCUCCUUCUCAAGUUAAUUAGUAUGCACUUAUUAUUAUUUUAUUUCUAAAAUGGCUCCAUAUUGUAAUAAAGAGGGUGGUUUAAAAUGAGUUAUUGAAUCUGAACCACAUUGACCAAUGAACCACUUUCUCCUGUUGUGGUGAACAACCUAACCCUGUGCUUUGAUGUCUUGUUAAAACACCCUUUCCCCCUAAUUUCUUCAUUUUGUGAUGGAGAGUAUUUUAUGUUCUCCACAGAAAUAAUUUUAAACACAAUAGUUGACCUGGUUUUACAGGGUUUAGUAUUUUCAUUUUAUAUAUAUAUAUAUAUAUAUAUAUAUAUAUAUAUAUACACUGUAAAUGAUUGUGUUUUAACAUCUAUCAAACAUACAAGGGCUGUACAGUAUGUUUGAAGAGAUAAGCAGAUUUGGUCUUGCUCUACAAAUUGAAAUUGGCAAGGUUACCAUCUGCUUAGAACUAUACAUAAAAACUAUACAGUAUAUUAGGUUGGACAGUCUAAAAAUAGCCAAAUGCACAGCUAAAUUGUCUAUUCUCAUCCAAUUCAUUGCGUAAUGUGUUUAUAAAUACUUCUAUCAAAAAUGUAAAAUCUCUUAAUGUUUCAAACACAUUAUACAGGUUGAGUAUCCCUUAUCCAAAAUUCUAAAUCCCACAUUUUUGGGUCUCCUACUGAGAUAAUGACAUAUACAUUAAAUAUUAUGUGUAUAUAUAGAUAUAUUAUAUAGAUAUAUAAUGAAAUAUACAUAUAUAUGUGUCAUUAUCUCAGUAGGGGAACAAUUUUUUUUUCUUUUUAGAAUUUUGGAUAAGGGAUACUCAACCUGUAAUUAUACCCGUUAAUGUUUAUUUUUGAAAUAUGGGUAUUAGAAAAAAAUGCACCUGAGUCUAAGCGGUAUGGAUGCAUUAGAAAAUAGCAGUGAUAUUAAUUGUUUAAAGAGAUGUUAAAAAAAAAUGAAUAUUUAAUAGGAAACCCUGCUCCAACUUAGGGGGUAUUCAAUUAGUGCCAUUUUUUUCGACCACUCGAAAAACGGCAUUUAGUUGAAUACCCCUCUAAAGGCGGAAUCCAAUUAGCCGCGGUAACAUCUCCUUAAAUAUAAAUGUGUAUGUUGAUGACCUUCGCCAAUGUUGCCAAUACAUUUGUGUGCUAACACAUUACUUUAUAGUUAUUCCUGAUCUUUCAGUUAUUCCAUUUUAUUUCAAAAAAUGCAUAUACGCUGCUACAAAUGAAGUGCAAUGUUGCAUAUGAAUUAUUACAACACUCUUAUAAAAUGUUGCAGCUCAGAUCAAGAUGAAUUGUUCACAGUUACACCUUCCACACCAGCCUUUUUUCUUAAGUCUUGCAUUUCACGAUAUUUGCAUGUAAAGUUUUAAAUUUUUGUAACAAACUCUGUGGUUUUCUUGUGUUCAGAUAUAAUCUGUAUUUUCUUUGUGAUGUCAUUUUAAACUUGGUAGCUGUGAAAUGAUUUGCAAAAUAUGAUUAUUAUGUAAAUCGUAAGAAAAGUUAACUCUUUUCCCUUUUGUAUAUUUUGUUCUUUUGUUAAACAACUAAGCUGUAGUUUUUAAAAAUUAAAUUAAUCCAAGGACUGCAUUUCUUGAAUUCCUUAUCGACUAUUAAAAUCAAUUUUUGUAUAAUUUUUCUGCCAUUUUUCUACACUACAGCAAUACUGAAUAACAUAUUUCAUUUUGUGCUGUCCUAUUUGCAUACAGGCCAUUAGCUUGCUUUGUAGCAAAAUGAAUGUAAGAGAUGUGUAAUAUAAGGAAAUGAAUGGUGUUGUCUUAUACUGUGGUUAUCUGACUAAUAUGAGGAUUCUCCAUAGACAUUUAUAAAAUUUAUAUUAAUUGGGUGUAUAGCCCGGGGUUUGAUGUAUUUUAAAUUAUUUUGCACAGUGAAUACAAUCUAAACAUACAAGGGGAGAUGUACGAAGCCUGAAAAGUGAUA